GGCCCAGACAUGGUCGCUUUGGCCCAACUAGAAGUUGCAGACAACAGCUCUAGCACGCAUACCACUACAACACGUGCAAAGAUGCGGUCCUUCCGGCAUGCAGGGCCCAACUGCGCUUCAGCAACGCUGUGCAGCGCAGACAUGACAGUGCUGGUCUUGCUCGUGGUCGAGAGGCAGGGCUCAACUGCGCUUCAGCAACGCUGUGCAGCGCAGACAUGUGCUGGUCUUGCUCGUGGUCGAGAGGCAGGGCUCAACUGCGCUGCAGCAACGCUGUGCAACGCAGACAUGACAGCAGGGCUCAACUGCGCUUCAGCAACGCUGUGCAGCGCAGACAUGACAGGCCCAGACAUGGUCGCUUUGGCCCAACUAGAAGUUGCAGACAACAGCUCUAGCACGCAUACCACUACAACACGUGCAAAGAUGCGGUCCUUCCGGCAUGCAGGGCCCAACUGCGCUUCAGCAACGCUGUGCAGCGCAGACAUGACAGCAGGGCUCAACUGCGCUUCAGCAACGCUGUGCAGCGCAGACAUGACAGCCGCCGAAGCAGACAUUGCAGAGGAUAGUGUUACCACCAUUACGACCACAAUUCCAACUAGUCAUUUGCAUUUGUUUCGUGAAGCCAUGGCGUUGGAAAAACGUGCUAAUGGUUGGCGCGCCCGCCGCAAGAAGGACGGCAAGACGUUCAACGGACCGCUGCGAGCGACUGAAGAGGCUGCACACGAAGAUGCGCGGCAAAUGGAGGAAGCAGCAGCUGUCUCCAGUGAACGCUUGCAAGAAGUUUUGGAUCGACUAUUGGAGGCGCUUUCUGUCCCGGUCGUGCAAAAACUUGCUAAUGGUUGGCGUGCCCGCCGCAAGAAGGACGGGCAGACGUUCAACGGACCGCUGCGCGCGACUGAAGUGGCCGCAAACGAAGAUGCGCGGCAAAUGGAGGAAGCAGCAGCUGUCUCCAUAGUGUUGCCUGGGAUGGAUGCCAGAGAUAGUGCCAGGGACAAUGCCAUGUAUGAGGCAGAAAAUGAUCAACUCAUUGGCAAGCUCAUUGAGCUAGAACGCGCCACAAGUGCAUUGAGGUUAGUGCAGACGUUACUCGUACUUCUGGAGCGAUUGAUACCACUGUUAGAAGAGAUCAGGGCAGUUAGCCGCAACAGCUUGGCUGUCAUCGCUAUGCUGAAAGAUAAUCUCCUGACCGUAGAAGCGGAUUUGCAGCAACGAUCAUGCGAAGUGCGAGUACUUUUCCGUUCUGGUAUCGUCAUCGGGCCUGUGACCUUAGGGCAGGUACUUUUCCGCUCUGUUGCAGUCGAUGCCAACAACUGCAGGCGUUGCUUGUCAAUGGUGAAGUUAUGCGCAGGUACCUUUCCAGUGAACUUCUUGGACGGAGGACAG